UUAGCCACGUGGUUAACGUAGUCUAUACUGAAUGUUUUGGUCCGUAUAUAUGUACUACCAGCCACACCUCCAAAGAAAUCAUCUGCCCACGUGUCACCACAAUGUCAGGUUUUUGGUCUGUGUCAGUUUCUUUCUCGCUUAUAUUCUUGCCUUCAUUGUGCUAUGGUCGUCCAUUUGCUAACGAUGUAUUGAAUGUCCAUUUGGUACCUCACACGCAUGAUGACGUGGGUUGGCUCAAAACCGUCGAUGAAUACUAUUAUGGAGCUAAUGACAGCAUCCAACACGCAGCAGUCAAGUACAUACUAGACAGUGUUAUGGAUGAAUUGGGUAAAAAUGAAGACAGGAAAUUCAUUUACGUGGAAAUAGCAUUUUUUACUCGCUGGUGGAAUGAGCAAACAGAUGACAUUAAACAAAAGGUUCAUGAUUUUGUGAAUAAUGGUCAGUUAGAGUUUAUUAAUGGUGGAUGGUGCAUGAACGAUGAAGCCUCCACUCAUUACAAUGGGAUCGUUGAUCAGAUGUCUUUAGGACUGAGGUUCCUGUCUAAUACCUUUGGUGUGCGUCCCUCAGUUGGCUGGCACAUUGAUCCUUUUGGCCACUCAUCAUUUCAAGCAACUGCUUUCUCAUUGAUGGGGUUUGAUGGCUUUUUUCUUGGUCGUAUUGAUUAUGCCGACAAAGCCUUGCGCCUCAAUACAACAGAAAUGGAGCUGAUAUGGGAAGGAAGUGCAGGCUCAUUGGGAAGCAUUGCCGAUAUAUUCACUGGAGUAUUGUACAAUAAUUAUGCUGCGCCUCAUGGUUUUUGCUUUGAUGCAGUCUGUACUGAUCCGCCUAUCAUGGAUGAUAAGAGACUGUUUGGUGAUAAUGUGAUUGAAAGAGUAAAUCGUUUUGUUAAUGUUUCAAUGACACAAGCUAAACACUAUAAAACUAAUAAUAUCAUGAUGACAAUGGGCGAAGAUUUUAUGUAUGAGAAUGCUCAUGAGUGGUACGACAAUCUGGACAAACUCAUAAAAUAUGUUAAUACAAUGAGUAAUGGAUCGAUUAAUGUGAUGUAUUCGACUCCAUCAAUCUACUUGAAGUAUCUUAAUGAAGAGAAGAAUGUGAUGUGGUCAACUAAAAGUGAUGAUUUCUUUCCUUAUGCUGACUCACCUUGGGAUUACUGGACAGGGUAUUUUACUAGUAGGCCUGCUAUCAAGCGUUACGAAAGAAUGUGUAAUGCU